AAGAGAGUGGGAGUACGUGGCGCAGGGCGGCGCUGUGUUGCAGCUCCACAUCCCCCCCAAAAAAGUGAGCUCCGUUUUCCGCAUUGCUGCCGCAUCACUCGCUGUUGACAUGACGUCGGCUCUCGGUCGUCUGGUCAGGCUGUCGGGCCUCAGAAACGCUCGCUGCUCGCCGCUCUGGACGGGCAGGACCGUGACACCGUGCCGGACAGUCGUGAGCACGUCAUCCGGUGCCAUUCUGCCCAAACCCAAGAAGACCCCCUUCGGCCUUAUCCGGAUUGCUCUGGUAGUGGUGCCCUUCUUGUAUGUGGGGACUCAGAUCAGCAAGAACUUUGCAGCGCUGCUGGAGGAGCACGACAUCUUUGUCCCCGAAGACGAUGACGACGAUGACUGAAGGGUCUGUAGGGCUUCUGGUUAUCAGGUUGUCUUGUCUUGUCAAAUCCACUGAGGACGAGUCUGAGCCUCUGAGCACAUGAAUGCCUUCCUCCAGUUCCCUCUGCUGUGUUCUUAAGUUGUCUUUGCUGGCACUGGAUUCAGGGUUUUUGCUGUUAUCGACACUGCAAUAGGGCUGUCCCAGGUUGAAUAUUGUACUAUAUUUGCAUGCACUAAUAAAGUCUUAAUAAAAGGGAAUGACAAUCUUAAAAUGCAACAUA